AUGAAGAGAGAUUCGGCAGAACUGGCCGCCCGACCUGCUGCGCCUCGUGUUGCCGGAGGGGUUUCAAACGACGACGUGCGGGCCAAAAAAAAAAAAAAAAAUGUUUGGCAUUUGGAGGCGUUCGGGUGUGAAAGAACCCCGUCCCUGUCGCACAGUGGCCCGGGAAGGGCGCAACGUUUAGAGUUGGGGAAAUUGUCGCCCACUGGCGGACCACAACCUCUCGCUGCCGAGGGUUCCUUUCGGGGAAAGGGGGGCCGAACGUCAAGGAAGCCACGGCUGCUUGCCGGCGGCGGCGCCCUGCCCAAAAGCAGAAUUUCAAGAAGGCCCGGGUCACCUUUUUUUUCGGCACCACGCCGGGGAAAUAAAAGGGUCCACCAAGCGUUCCGGGUUCACCGGCCUUUUUUCGCGCCGGGUUGGGGGGCGGUGGUCUCCCGUUCUUUUUUUGGGCGGGGCGCGGGGCCGAAGAACGAGGCGACAGGAUUCCCGACAACCGUUUCUUUUUUUUUUUUUGGUUACAGGUUGGUUUGUUUGGUUUGGGUGCUGGGUCUUGUUUUCACUUCCUUCCCGCGCCCCCUUCCCCAAGGCGCGCCGGCGGGGCCCAUGGAGUCCCCCCCGGGGGCUGGUUUUUCCAAAAAAGAUCGGGGGUGGUUUUGUCGUUUCUUGGUGUAUGGUUUGUCUUCGUGGGGAUCGGGCGGAAUCGCUUCUGCCUCGCAAAAUGCGUUCGGGGGCAACCGCGAAACAGCAGACGAAAGCCUAACCACUGAUUCAAACCAGGAAAAACACUAG